UCCACCUGCACAACAGCGACAGCGACAACAGCGCACGGCUGUGAUUGGCGGGUACGGAAGAUAGCAUCGUGCAGUGCUUGCUUGCUGGCCAGCGCCGCUAAGCGCCGCCGCCACCUCCCCCACCUCCCCCCUUCCCCUCUACUGUUGCCCGUGCCGCCGACGCCCGGCCCGUGCCUGCCUGCGCCUGCCCAGCCGUUUGUUGUGACUUGGACUGGACCGGAGUGUAGAGCCGUGCCGGAGCCGGUGUUUUGCUUUUGCUGCGUCCCACGCGCUGCUCUACAGCAACAACUGUGAUUCCGAAUUUCUUCAUCAAAAUGUCGGAUUCCGAAAAGGACCUGUCUCCCUCUGACACUGAACUGGGAACAGGUGGUGAAGAAGAGGAUCUCGAAGUAGAAGAAAUCUUGGACUGCAAAAAGGACGCCACCGGCCAGGUGUUGUAUCUGCUGAAAUGGAAGGGCUUCACUGAGGAACACAACUCCUGGGAGCCGGAGGCGAAUCUCGGAUGCCCGGAGCUGCUGGAGGCUUUCAAGGCGAAACGUGCCAAGAAAGAGGCGCCAACCAGAGGCCCCGGCCCCAAGAAGGUGGUGCGCCGCUCCAAGGACUCCAACACCCGCAGGGACUCCAAGGAAGACGACCAUAAGCAUCCAGCGCAGCCCACAGAUGCAGGUGACACCAGCAACAUGACGCCUCCAGCCAAGAGAAAGAAAUCGAACAAGAUGGAAAAGCCUGAGCCAAUGGACGAAGAAGAAAACAAGCUGAUCUCCAAAGUGACAAGUGACGUCAAAGCCAAGUCAGCAGCCAAGCAGAAUACCAAGGUGGUCAGUAAGGGCGUUGACGACAGUGGACCCAAAGGCUUUGAUCGAGGGCUCGAAGCCGAAAAAAUUCUUGGGGCUACGGACUGCCUUGGGGAUCUUGUCUUCCUUAUGAAAUGGAAAGGUAGCAACCAUGCAGACCUGGUAAACGCAAAGCAGGCUAAUAUUGAGUGCCCCCAAGUUGUCAUAAAGUUUUAUGAAGAGAGGCUGACUUGGCAUUCCACUCAAGAAUUGAAAGACAUAAUGAGCCAAGGCGUUAAUUUGAAACUGUGAUUUGUUUUUUGACAAGUGAUUUGUUUGUUAGACGAUCUCCUAGUCUUCAGUAUUUGUGUAUCUGACAUCAUGAUGGUGGGGGUGACUUCGCUCAUAAGUUAUUUCUUUUUGUUUUGUCGUCACUUAAAUGAUUUGUCAUUAAAUGGCAUGUGAUUUUAUGCAUGCAUGCCCUGAUCUUAUCGUACAAAUAGCUAGGAUUCUUAAUUUAUGUUGUUAAUGCUAGUAUGUAUCUGAUUUCUUUUAAUUCUUCCAUUUGUUACUUCUGAAAUGUCUUUACACUAGUGACGAAAACAAAAUUUCUGUAGACCGAAAUGAUUUGAAAAUUGAGGCAUGAUCUGUUCUGAAAAUUGUCCCAUUGGUAUUCUGGAAGAUUUUAAUAGGGUUACAAAUAAACCAGUUUCUCGCCAAA